CCACACCACCCCACCCAACAACAACACGCAGGCAUACAGAGACUCUCGGAAAGAUGAGCAAUCAGUUGCAAUGCUUAAAUUCUUGGACUUCACCUCGCAUUUCGAGGUUCAACAGAACUUUCUCUUCUUCUUCUACUUCGAAGAGAAAUUUUGUGACAUUACAAUGUCGGUGGAUCCAAAGUGCAGCAUUACAUGUAUACUCCUUUUGGAGACAAUUUGAAGGGAAACAGGAGUCCAGUUCUCAAAGAAUAUGGGCUAAGUUAGGUACUCCUACAUCGUCAACUUCUUUGGAUUUCAGGUUCUUUAAAAAGGACCUCGAAGGUAGUACACAAAGGGAGAGGAAAGAAGGAAAGACACUUGCAACAAUCAAGAGUUCUAAAUUGAGGCAUCCUCAGUGUGUGCAGUAUUCCGGAGCUGAACUCCUUAUAGGAUCUAUAUCAUCAUAUCUCUUGUUCAGACAGAAUUUGUUAACUCCCAUCCAUGCAUUUAUGAAGAUGGUCCAAUGCUUGCUUCCCUAUUUGUCGCGAGCUUUUGAGGCAACAAACUCGCCAUUUGCCUGUAUAUCUAAUUCUAUCAACAAACCUACACCUCUGCAGUUGGAUGUAUCAUUGCCAUCUUUCCAAGAUGUUAAGUGGAGCCUUGCACGGUUACUUUAUUUAUUUAACUUGCAACUUGAGAGAAAUGUGGCCACGAUCUUUGUAGCACUCUUUGUAGCAUGCUUCUCAUUUGUUAUCAUUGGAGGUUUCUUAUUCUUCAAGUUCAGGGGUAACACACAUUCUCUAGAGGAGUGCUUUUGGGAAGCCUGGGCUUGCCUUUGUUCAUCAUCUACUCACUUAAGACAAAGAACACGUGUUGAACGCGUACUUGGUUUUGUGCUUGCUUUAUGGGGUAUAUUAUUUUACUCGCGCUUAUUGGGUACGAUGACAGAACAAUUUAGGAGUAAUAUGCAAAAGAUCAGAGAAGGAGCACAAGUACAAGUUAUGGAGAGCGAUCAUAUUAUCAUUUGUGGUGUAAACAGCCAUCUUAGCUUUAUACUGAAGCAGUUGAAUAAGUAUCAUGAGUUUGCAGUCCGCCUUGGUACUGCUACAGCUAGGAGGCAGAGAAUUCUUCUUUUGUCUGACCUUCCAAGGAAGCAGAUGGACAGGAUUGCUGACAAUAUUGCCAAAGAUCUUAACCAUAUUGAUGUCCUUACAAAGAGUUGCAGUCUAAGCCUGACAAAAUCCUUUGAAAGAGCAGCAGCCAAUAAAGCACGUUCUAUUAUUAUAUUGCCAACAAAGGUAGACAGGUAUGAAGUUGAUACAGAUGCAUUUCUCUCUGUAUUAGCCCUCCAACCCCUUCCAAAAAUUGCUUCUGUUCCCACAAUUGUUGAGGUUUCAAAUUCCAGUACAUGUGAACUUCUGAAAUCAAUUUCUGGGUUGAAGGUGGAGCCAGUCGAAAAUGUUGCAUCGAAAUUGUUUGUUCAGUGCUCUCGGCAAAAAGGCCUCAUAACGAUCUACAGGCACUUGCUUAAUUAUCAGAAAAAUGUAUUUAACCUUUGCAGCUUCCCUAACCUAUCAGGAGUAGACUAUAAGCGUAUAAGGCGUGGAUUUCAAGAGGCAGUUGUUUGUGGUCUUUAUCGGAAUGGGAAGAUAUACUUCCACCCCAAUGACAAUGAAGUGCUGAAGGAAACUGAUAAGGUGUUGUUCAUAUCACCUAUCAAUGGGAAAAGAAAACCACUGGCUGUAUUUUCAGAUAUUGUCAAAGAAGAACGGACGCCUCAAAAACUAGAAAUUCCAGUAAACAUUGGUGAGUCUACAGACUAUGCCUUGGAAGUAAAAAAGGUACGGCAUGAGAAUACUGUGCCGCGGCCUUCUAAAGCAGGUUCCAAGGCUUCAGAUUGGAGUUUAGGACCAAAAGAAUGCAUACUAAUGCUUGGGUGGCGCCAAGAUGUUAGUGAAAUGAUUCAUGAAUAUGAUAAUUAUCUUGGGCCUGGAAGCGUAGUGGAAAUAUUAUCAGAUGUGCCUCUGGAUGAGAGAAAUAAGGCCCCUAAAGUUUCUGGCUACAGUAAACUGAAACACAUCCGCGUUUCUCAUAGGGUGGGAAAUCCCAUGCACUAUGAAACCUUGGAGGAAGAAAUAUUGAAUAUUCAAAACUCUUUUCCAAAUGGAGAGAAUUUUUCAAUUGUUGUAAUAUCAGAUAGAGAGUGGCUUCUUAGAGAUCCAUCCAGAGCAGACAAGCAGUCUGCAUACUCUCUCCUUCUCGCUGAAAAUAUCUGCAACAAACAUGGUGUUAAGGUGCAAAACCUGGUUGCAGAAAUUGUUGACAUGAAAUUGGGCAAACAAAUUGCAAGAAUUAAGCCAUCCCUAACAUACAUUGCAGCAGAGGAAGUAAUGAGCCUUGUAACUGCUCAAGUGGCAGAGAAUGGUGAACUGAAUGAAGUAUGGAAAGACAUUCUUAAUGCAGAGGGAGAUGAAAUAUAUAUAAAGGAUAUUAGCCUUUACAUGAAAGAAGGGGAGAAUCCAUCAUUUUCUGAACUCUCUGAAAGAGCGAAUUUGCGGCGAGAAGUUGCAAUUGGCUAUGUGAAAAAUAAUAAGAAGGUUAUAAAUCCAAAUCCCAAAUCAGAGCCUCUUUCUCUUGGAAUGACAGACUCACUAAUUGUAAUCUCUGAACUUGAGGGGGAACAACCCAUAAUUGUAUAGAUAUACAUUUUAUUCAUUAUUGUUCACUUUUCCUUUUUCAUACUUUCAAAAGCCUUUUUCCUGUUCUCCAUUUUUGGCAGUGUGGUGAUGUGUUCUUGUGAACACAUGAACGAUCCUAGAUUAAAAAACAGAGGUUUUUUCCAGGAUUAUUAAUAAAAUCUGCAGAGAUGUCAACCAAUCAACUACUAAAAUUUUCAGCAAAGUAAAGUUGCUUU